UCCUUUUCCGAGUUCAAUAUGACGGCCGCUACUAAAGAAAGUGGAAAGAAGAUCAAGAGAGAUCCCGCCAAGAACCCCAUGCGGGAUUUGCACAUCAGAAAGUUGUGCUUAAAUAUUUGUGUUGGUGAAUCUGGUGAUAGAUUGACCCGUGCCGCAAAGGUGCUUGAACAAUUGACUGGCCAGCAACCAGUUUUCUCCAAGGCUCGUUAUACCGUGCGUUCAUUCGGUAUUCGUCGUAAUGAAAAGAUUGCCGUGCACUGCACAGUUCGCGGUGCAAAAGCUGAAGAAAUCUUAGAAAAGGGUCUUAAAGUUCGUGAAUACGAGUUGAGACGUGAGAACUUCUCUGCAACCGGAAACUUUGGUUUCGGUAUUCAAGAACACAUCGAUUUGGGCAUCAAAUACGAUCCAUCAAUCGGUAUUUACGGUUUGGAUUUCUACGUUGUCCUCGGCCGCCCAGGAUACAACGUUGCCCACAGAAAACGCAAAUCUGGCACAGUUGGUUUUCCCCAUCGUUUGACAAAAGAAGAUGCCAUGAAAUGGUUCCAACAGAAAUACGAUGGUAUCAUUCUUAACAGCAAGAAAUAAGUGACAUAUUCUUAGCCGUAAAUUAGUUUGUAUUGCACACAACACCUCGUAAUAUAAACAAUGGAAAUAAAAUUUUACAAAAAAUCGUA